CUUCAGUUUGAAAUUAAUACGUACUUUUUUCUUAUAUUUUUAAUUAUACGUUUCGUUACAGGUACUUUUACUUCUGGGUAUUUUUGGCUUUGCGUCAUGCGCAAAACUGAACAACUACCUGCCGCCCCAUGAGGACAAAUUCUCAGGAGCUGGUAGGGGCCAUGCUCCUGGUAUACCAGAGCAAAAUCAACAAAGCCAAAAUGUACCACUUGGUAGCUUCAACCAACAGCCUCAAGGUAGCUUUGGAAGUGAACGGCAAGCUCCAGGUUUCACAGGUACACCAACAAACGUAGGAUACAACCAACAGCCUAGCAACUUCAACCAGCAACAAGGUCAAACAGGACCCCAGCUCCCAUUUGGAUCUGAGCUGCACUCUGGAUCUCAAUCUCUGGGCUUCCAACACGAGGCUCAAACCCCACAGACUGGUAAUUUUAAUCACCAGGCCCAAACAGGACCCCAGGCAUCAUUUGGAUCUCAACAGCAACCUGGAUCCCAGUCUCCAGGAUUUGGCCAAGCUCCUUCGAGCAGAGAGUACCUGCCGCCUGGAGCACAGCAUCCUGGAGGUCAGUUUAAUGGCAACAAUGCUGGCCAGUCUUUCGGUACAUCAUCAGGAGAAGAAAGAGGUCAAGUUGGAAGUAAUGGAGGUCAUGCAACAUUCCAGGAAUCUGUAGGACCUGUAGCUCAAGGGCCUCAUGCUGAUCCAUCGUCCACUUCAGGUAAAAACGCCAAUACCAACUUAACUCCUGACGCUUCAACUGCAAAUGGAAAUAACUUUAACUACAACGCCCAACCAAGUCAAGAUUCAGUCAGCACCAUUCCUCGUCCAUUCAACGGCAACUACCCAACAAAUGGCCAAUCAACCCAUCAGCCUGGUCAACCCACAAGCAUCAACUCGCCCAUGUAUGGACAAAACCAUGGAAAUGUUCCAUCUGCUAAUGCACCACAAGGGGCUCAAGGUAGCUUCGGAAAUGGAAAUAACAAUAGCGGAGCCUCUUCAGCAACUGGAAAGUACUUCGGAGCUGCUGCUCCAGUACUACCUUUCGAAAAGGCAAACGGACAACAUGGUACUGAGUUUAGUCAAACCAGAAAACAGAUUGGUGAGACUCCCGCUGGAAACUUUGGAGGAUCUUUCAACCAGAUGCAACAAUACGCAAGUCCAUUUGCUCAUGCAAAAAUCCUUCGAUUUGACAAUAACCCACAUGCUGGAGAUGGAAGCUACAACUACGCCUAUGAAACUGACAAUGGUAUUGCUGUCCAAGAAGAAGGGUUCUUGAGGGAUGGAUCUCAAGUUGCGCAAGGUGGUUACAUGUACACAGCCCCAGAUGGACAGCAAUAUUCCGUAGAGUACAUUGCUGAUGAGAAUGGAUUCCAGCCUAAAAGUGCACAAUGGGCUGGAAGAGAUGCUAUAUUGAGGUCCAUUCAGUUGAACAAGGAAGCUGAGGCACGAGGAGAGUACAACGAGGGGUCCUACCAUGAGGAAGAAGGAGCUGAACAAAAAGAUCAAUUUGGUGCUCAUCAAAAUGGAGCAGGUUCUACCAGAUUCUCCGGCGAUCAAAAUGCACCUCAAUCUGGUUUUGGGCCUGGUGCAUCACAGCAGAAUGGUUAUCAAAGAGGACCUCUUGGACCAGAUCAAGCUGGAGGUGCGAACGCUAACGGAAAUAGUUACAACUAUCCUCAACCCAACUCUGUAAGCUCAGUCUCAAAGGCAGGACAAACUUUCAAUGGACCUCAACCCACUCAACAUGGUGCUGUAACGUCUUUAAAGCAUACACAAAAUGGAAAAAACGGUUAUGGAGCAGUACAGAACAGUAUUAGUUCCGAUAAGAAACCAGACCAACCGAGCUCUGGUCCUCAGCAGCUCAAGCCUUACGAUCAGAGUGCACAACCUCAAUCAGGGUUUGCUCCACAGUCACAGGGAUCUUUCUUCCCCAGUCAACAUCAACCAGGUGCACCCGUAGGUCAUCAAGCGCCCUUCCAAGAAAAUGGUCAUCAACAAGGCGCUGAUUUACAGCAAGAUGAUAAUAAUCAGUUCCCUCCGAUAUCAAAAUCUGCUGGUGGAGCUCCUCAGCAACAAGUUACCUCCCCAGAUAAACAGUAUGAUAUCAACGGAGGUUACAAAUAUUAAUUUUGAUGCAUAACGGAGAUUGUGACGCU